AUGACGGAAAGCAGAAAUAUACCACUAUUUGAAAGUACAACUGAGCCAUAUUCCAGAAGCUUGCAAGGAAUACUUUUGGUUCACAUGAAUUUGCUUGUUGAGUUUGAAGAGGAAGAUUAUGAAGCCAAAGACAAUGACAAAUUUAACCCAGACAAUGAAGUUGAAAUUCCAACUGGAAGAAUAGAUGGGAUUCUUUCAACAAAUACCAACAGUACAAAAAUGGAACAAUCACUUUACAUUCAAACAAAGAAGAAAUUUUCUGUCAAAAUGAAGGAAAUUAAAUCAGUGGCUCAACGACUUAGAAUACAAAACAGACGUAGUCCGCAUCCGGUUCCUGCAUUUAGGUACAACCCUCAUCACAAUAGGGGUCAUAGCCGUAACAGGUUCUCCCACAGCCAAAGUGUUAUCCCGAAGAGACAGGAUUCGUCAAGAGAAAUAUUUCAAACACACCCUGGACAGAGACUGUCUCCCACUACAGUCGAUGCCAAAAGACAGUCAAUAUUUCGAUUCCAGGGAAGAGGUCAGCAUGGGAUUGAUGGGCGCCCUUUUAAUAGUGUUGAACACAAUACAAAUCUUUCACCUCCAAUCAGUGGAAGAUUAAGGAAUCAUGUACCCAAAAAGUCAUUCCAUCCUACCCCACAUUUCCAUGCUACCCCACAUAAGAUUUCUAAGCCACAGUUCAGUUUUUUGUCUGCAAUGAACACCAACUUCCAAGGAACAACACCCCUUAAAAAAUCUCCUCAAAACUUUGUCAGCCUACCUGCUAGGAAAUGGAUACCACCCACUCCAACUUUUUCCAGAGCUGAAACAUCUGGACCAACUUUUUUAAAUUCUGUUCACAACAGGCAAAGACUUCAACCAACAUAUGUCGAUAAAAGACCCAGGCAAAUCCACCAGAGAAGGUUUACUUCUCCAUUAAAAAUUACAAUGGGAAUACAGACAGAUCAAGGAGGUUUAGUGUCCCCUCCUAUCCCAAACAUGCUACCAGAGAACAUUGUCAUUGCCAAUGCUCAAGCCAAUUCAGACAUUGUGAAAACUGAUAUGAAUUUAAUGAAACCUGCGUUUGAAACAAAAUUCAGUCAAGACAAGUUCAAGGCAAUUGAAGGAACUCUUCAAACUGCAACAUCUUCAAAGCCUAUAAAUACCAUAGUAAAAUCAGUUACGAAGGCGAAACCUUUGCAGAAGAAGGUGAAGAAAGUAAAAUCUGUUCCUGAGAAGGUUAAGAAUAAGAAGAAUCGAAAGCAAAAAACUGCAAAAACUACAAAAUCUAAAAAAUCAAAAGCACUGAAGAAGAAAAAUGUUAAGCAAUCCAAAAUUAAGUCAAAGAAAAAUAAUAAAACAACACCAACACCAGUAACACAUGCUUUGACAAAAUUACCAAAGACCACGAAGGCACCUACAACAACAGAAAAACCAGACGAUGAUCUCCUUUUCCCAGGCGGAUCUAGCGGCUCUUGGGAUGUAGAUCGCGAUUUUACAAAUUCAGGUUCUCAAGAAGUAAUGGAUUCUUUCGGUAGAGACAGGUUUCUUCCGGGAUGUCACUGUACGAUGUUUUGUAGACACGGUUUUGAAUUUGCGGGAUUUUGUGGCGCGUCGUCCGCCGAAUUCUUCCGUCCAAGACUGUCAAAGUGCUGCCCCGUCAGAAAUGGCUCAGAUGGUAGCAGUCGACAGCUGCCUUUCUUCUUUGAUGAUUAA